AUGAACGUUCAAACCUUGUUGACAUUUUAUUUAAUCAACUCCCAGGCACCAUUCAAGGAUCGAAAUAUCAAUGAAGAAAUUGCGAAUUCAUUAAUUUAUGUUAUUGAAAAGUACUACGAACCACGUGAUUCCGCUUUUAUAAUUUGUUUGUCAUAUGAACGAGAAAAUACUCGAGAUUUCUAUCAAGACCUGAGUGAAAUAUUAUUUCGGUCAUAUGACAAUAUUAAGACACAGAUUGUGGUAAAAGAAACUCAGGGUUUAGAAUUGAAACCAAUUCCAACUGUCAAAGGGAAAUUGACAAAUUUCAUUUUUCAUAUGUUAGUGGUGGACUCAGUGAAAUCAUUUCUAAAUAUUGACCUAGCCAGUAAGGUUAAAAACUAUGAUACCAAUGAGUUCUAUCACAUUUUCCUGCACAACAAAGACCGCUUUUUGGACAAUGACAUAAGGAAUAUUCUCGAGUACUGCUGGAGUAAUUACAUGAUCAAUGUAAAUGUUGUGAUACAAACUGCAGCUGGAGACAUUAUUGUCUACACAUAUUUUCCUUUUAAUGAAUCACACUGCAACGAAGUUAUUCCCGUUGAAAUAAAUCGAUUCCAGAAUGGAGUCAUGGUGAAUCCUGAUUUAUUUCCCGAAAAACUUCAGAAUAUGCACAAGUGUCCUGUUCGUGUGACACCUUUUCAUACUCCUCCUUUUUUUUCUCUGAAUGAUAGAAGAAAUGGUACCACUGACGACGAAGCAAUCAAUGGUUUCGAGGGUCUUUUGUUGAGAGAAUUGAGUUUGCUGAUGAAUUUUACCAUUGAAAUUAUUUUACCUCCAAAGAAGGAUGAAAGAGGACAUAUUUUCAAUAAUUUCAGCACAGGAGCUAUUGACAUGCUUGAACAAACCAAUCAGAAGGAAAAUCAACAACAGGCCAAUUAA